GCGAAAUGACGCUUUACUUUGCGUUUCUCGCGACGCUGAUAGUCAGCUUUGCACAUUGUCAAAACUUAAACAACAAACAGGUACAACGUGGCAGCUAUAAUCGAAUGGUGGAGCCAUUUCCUUGGGUGAUUGCUGUGCUCGAUCAGAGGGAUUGGAUUUUCCGGUAUAUAGGAGCGGGAUCUCUGAUUAAAAACAAUGUGGUCCUUACAGCCGCUCAUAUUCUAAACGACACCACCGAAGACGAUCUGCUGGUCCGAGCUGGCGAAUGGGAUACUUCGACUACGAAUGACCGGAAGCAUGUGGACCUCGAGGUUCUGAAAAUAAUCUCCCAUGAACAGUUCAACAGAUUCAAUGCAGAAAACAAUGUGGCGUUGCUCAUUCUAAAAUCCGAAUUUGAGCUGAGUACCAACAUUGAUAUCAUUCCAUUGUACAUAGCAGAAGGUGGAAUUGAAAAACUAUCCUGCUUCUUCAACGGUUGGGGAAAAGUUUAUUUAAACUCGACGGAGUAUCCCACCAUUCUCAAGACGGUCCAUGUCGACCUAUUGAACAUGGCAGUGUGUAGCAGGCGGCUUCGUAGAAAAGUGUCUAACCAAAUCUGUGCGGAAAGUCUGGGAGAAAAGGAUUGCAGUGGCGACGGCGGUGCUCCCGUGGUUUGUCAAAUACCUAAAUAUCCAACCAAGUUCGCACAGGUGGGUAUUGUCAACUGGUUAACUCAAAAGCCUGGCGUUAAUACACCCACCGUUUAUACGAAUGUUCGUAGUAUGAUACGCUGGAUUGAUUAUCAUAUACGUCUCAGAAAUUAGGAAAUGGAAACAGUAAAAUUUGUAUUCACAAACCAAGCACAAGUCUCAAAUCGAUCUUCACUUAUUUGCUAAAUAAAAAAUCACAAUAAUAACUUCA